UGAGCGGGAGCAGAAGUACAUGGAAUGAGAGAUAAGGACGACUGACCAGGCUGUCAGAUGGAUACUGCGUCACCUUCAGGCUUCAAAUGUUCCUCUCUACAGGCUUUGGUUAUAUCUCUUCCUUCCUCUCAAAAGAAAUGUAUCUCUUGUCAAUUAGAAGAGGAUUUCAUUUGAUUACCAGAGCAGUUGACUGACACCUGUCCUACCCUUAAAGUGGAUUUCUACAACAAGGCGAUUCCCCUCAGUAUGCUGUCCCAUCAUUCACCUCCAAAAUGCCUCUCGGUCUUUUUCCUUUUGGUGGUGCUUCUUUGGAACAAUGCAGCUUCUUCUCCUGGUGAAGGAAGGAGUAUCUGGGAGCAGCCCAAGCUGAGCCCCAUUAUCAAAGAUCAGUCUUUCCUUCAUGACACUUUCCCUUCAGGAUUUCUCUGGAGCUCAGGGACAUCUGCUUUCCAAACAGAAGGCGCCUGGAACCAGGAUGGGAAAGGUGCAUCUAUUUGGGACUACUUCACCCAUUCCUCUCUCAAUAGUAAAUUGACCAGAGAAACAGCAGAUGUGGCAAGUGACAGCUACAACUCCUGGAAAGAGGAUGUUGAGGCACUGGAAUACCUCGGCGUGAGAUCAUACUCGUUCUCUCUUUCCUGGCCCCGGAUCUUCCCUGAUGGCAAUGCCACAGGUGAGCCUAACACAGCAGCUGUGGAGCAUUACAGCCGCCUCAUAGAAAGCCUACUGCAAAAGAAAAUUGAGCCCAUUGUCACUCUUUAUCACUCCGACUUGCCACAAGGGCUCCAAGAGCAAUAUGGAGGCUGGAAAAAUGACACAUUAGUGGGACUUUUUGAGGAGUACGCUUCGUUUUGUUUCCGCACUUUUGGGAAUCGUGUUAGGUACUGGCUCACAAUACAUAACCCAUACCUGGUGGCUGUGCAGGGAUACGGGACAGGUGAGCACGCUCCUGGGGAGAAACAGGGUCUCGGUGUCUCUCUUAUAGUGGCUCACAACCUGAUCCUGGCACACAGCAAAGCAUGGCAGGCCUACGACGCUAACUUUCGAGCAUCUCAAAAGGGCCAAGUAUCCAUUGUUUUAGGUUCCCACUGGGUUGAGCCUCAGCGAGGCCAAGCUACGGCUGUCAACGUUGCACUUUGUCAGCAGUCGAUGGAGGCAGUCCUUGGCUGGUUCGCCAGUCCCAUCUUUGGUGAGGGAGACUAUCCAGUCUCUCUAAAGAUGAAGCAUGGAGAUCUGUUGCCUACGUUCACUCCUGAGGAGAAGCUCUGGGUGCGAAAAACGGCAGACUUUUUUGCUCUGUCAUUUGGGCCAAACAAUCUCCGCCUAAGCCGGAAUCUGGUCCACUAUGGCCAGACUGUAACUCCUGAUCUGCGACGCCUCUUAAACUGGAUAAAACUGGAGUAUGGGAACCCUAAUGUUCUGGUGGCUGAGGGAGGCUGGUUCUCUGAAGCCAGUGUGGGAAGGGAAGACACAGUGGUCAUCUAUUUAAUGAAGAGUUUUAUCAACCAGGUCUUGCAAGCUGUUAAGCUUGAUGGCGUGCAGGUGUUUGGUUACUCAGCCUGGUCAUUAGUGGAUGGUUUUGAGUGGAAUUACGGCUACAGUAUCAGACGAGGCCUUUUCUACAUAGACUUCAACCAACCAAAUAGAACCAGGAUCCCCAAAACCAGCGCUCAGUACUACAAGCAUGUUGUCUCUAACAAUGGUUUCCCAAGAGUUGAAACAUCUACACAGAUCAAAGGCCAGUUUCCCUGCACUUUUCACUGGGGAAUUGCAGACUCCACGUUACAGGUCCUCUUCUACCCUUUUUCACCUCAGUUUACUGACCCUCACCUGUACAGUUGGAACCUGACAGGAGAUGGGUCAUUGCAUCCAGUACCAGGGGUGAAGCUCCAAACCAGACCAGCACAAUGCACCGAUUAUUUGACUGUCUCCCGCCAUCUUCGUCUCUUUGCGUCCACUGGAGCCUCUCAUUACCGUUUCGCCCUGAACUGGUCUCUGAUUUUACCCCAAGGAGACCUCUCUACUGUAAACGCUGAGGCUCUAAGGUAUUACCGCUGCGUCCUGACUGAACUUAAGAAACUGAACCUGGAGGCUGUGGUUAUCAUGUACUAUCCGACACACAGAUCUCCGAACUUGGGUUUGCCCGUGCCACUGCAUUCUUCUGGGGGUUGGCUAAAAUACAACACGGUGAAGGCGUUUCAAGACUAUGCAACACUCUGCUACCAGGAGCUUGGUAGUUGGGUCCGAUACUGGAUCACCAUUAAUGAGCCAAACAGGCUUAUAGAUGUUUAUUCCAGUGGGACAGAGAAGCAUCAAGCAGCUCAUAACCUCCUUCUAGCUCAUGCCAAAGCCUGGAAGCUAUAUGAGAAAGAAUAUCACAGCCAGCAGCAAGCACUCAUAUCACUUGCACUGCAUGCUGACUGGGCCACACCUGCCAACCCCUUCCUAGAAUCACACACAGUGGCAGCAGAAAGAUUCCUUCUGUUUGAAAUUGCUCGCUUCUUAGACCCACUGCUGGGGAAUAGAUACGAGUCCAAGCAGACCAAUGGCGACUAUCCACGUGAAAUGAAGGCCUACCUUGAGGAAAGAGCUCGAGCAAUGGAUCUUCCUGGAAGCCCUCUUCCUAGUUUUACUGAGGAUGAGCGAGAGGAGCUGAGAGGGGCACUGGGUUUUAUUUCCCUUAACCACUUUACUACACGUUUGGUUUCUCCUUAUCCCCGCACACAGGCCAGUUUGCAGAAGAAAGCAUCCCCUGAUCAUGACUGUUUGACACUCUCUGACCCCACCUGGCCCUCUUCUGGCCUGGGACAGGCGCUUGUUCCCGAUGGCCUACGAAAGAUGCUGACAUGGGUCAGCCAGAGAUAUGGUAGAGCUCUGCCAGUCAUUGUUACAGCCAGCGGAAUUGAUGAUCAGGCUGCUGUUGACGAUAAAUUGAGACAGUACUACAUCCGGAGUUACACGCAGGAGGCGCUCAAAGCUUAUCAUCUUGAUGGAGUGAACUUGCAGGGCUUCUACAUCUGGAAGCUUCAAGAUCGACAUAUCCCACAAUAUGGCCUCUUCAGCUCAACCCAGCACCAAUCGCAAGCCAAGGCCUCCGUUUCUGUCUACAGAGAGAUUAUUAAUCACAGUGGUUUCCCUAACAAUGAUACAUUGCAGCUGUGCAGGUCCAGAGAGAUGCAGGAAAGUUGCUCAAUGUGUGAAUGGAUGUUCAAGAACAAAUCGAUGUUGGUUUUUGGAGGCUGCCUCCUUGUAUCCGCUGUUAUGCUGGCUGCUUUAGUCAUUUUUGUCGUCAUUACCAAGAGGAUACAAAAACAAGGCAGGAGGAUACAGCGGAGCAGCAUGAAGCGGAGGAGACAGAGGGAAAGAGCCCCCCUGUGUUUAUGCCCUCAUGCUGUCAAGUACUAACACAUGGGAAGAUUGACUCCUUAAUUGGUAGGAUAAUUACUGACAGGGAAGAGCAACAUCAUACACUUGUGUGUCCUGUAUUAAUGUCUGUGUUUACUGUUGUGUCACGUGUGUAUUCAGUUUUGACAAAAAUCACUGUAAAGAAAAUGUGUAUCCAUCCUUUUAAGUCUGAUAAUAGAUAUUUGUAUGUGGUAUUUCUAUAUUCAAAUGGAAAAGAAAGUUGGCAGAUUUCUGCUGAAGGUCCUUUUGUGUUGAGAAAAAAAUGUGAGCUACAUAAUAUAAACCUCAUUCGUAAUAAAGGCAAUAGUAACUGUAGUUGAUCAUGUAUCUUUAAUAUGAUUUAAGUGACUAUGUGUGACAUAAAUAAUUUGAAGUGGUCUCACAUUUACAUGUUGAUCUGCCUUUGCCUCCGCUG